AUGCUACUUCGAAAAGCUGAAGAGCAAGAGAAGCAAGACCAAGAGCAUCCGGAGGAUAAAACAAAGCCAAAGCCUGCUCCAGAGAAGGAGGUAUUGGACGAACUCGGGUUUACAAGGUAUUGCUGCCGGCGUAUGAUGCUAACACAUGUGGACCUUAUCGAGAAGGUGAUGAAUUACAACAUCUAUGAGAAACGCGGGUACCAAGCCGCCAUGGAGGAUGAUGAAGACGAUGUGAUGGAAGGAUGA